AUGUCAUACAAUUUCGAUCUCUACAAGGGCUUCUUCAAUAAAUCAACGAAAGUACAAUUCAACCUAUUGGCUACGUUGUUGGUCAGAAAUUCAAUGGAGCUUUUUGAUUUGAUUCAGAUGUUGGAAAAAGCUCGGAACUUUGACCGAAUUCUAGACAUCCUAUACAGUGUUUCACUUUUUGAUCCUGAAGAGAUACUGCAUGAAAAGCGAUUCCCUCCAAUGACAAAGCUAGAUUUCGAUUUGAGGAUUAUUGCAAAGAUGAAUGUACUUGAUGAGAAAUGCAAUGGAAAGCUGGAGUUGUUGUGUUUUGACGAUAGAAUGAGAAACGAUAGAAAUAUCGAUUGCAAAUGGAAAUUUAUUUAUAUAAACCAGCCCGUCAGAUAUCAGCUUUUCGUGUCUUGCUUGACUUCUGAAUCAUCAUCAAUCAUCAUCAAUCAUCAUCAAUCAUCAUCAUCAUCAUCAAUCAUCAUCAAUCAUCACUUUAAUGUUACGCGAAGAGUAUUUGUCCAGCCACAACUUUACAAUCGCUAUUUACUAGAA